AUGGACACCCUCGAUCUCGAAUGCACCCAUCUCACCUCACCAGACUAUAAGAACUUUGUCCUGUCUAUUCUGAUUAUAUUCGGGAUUCUCCUGUCGUAUCUCCCUCAGCAUAUUCGCAUAAUCAACCUCAGAAGCUCCUUCGGGAUCUCGCCAUAUUUUAUCCUACUGGGAACCACUUCAGGUACCUCGGCGUUCGCAAAUGUUGCGACCCAACAACAGAGUUUACAGGAUGUGGCAUGCUGCAAGAACAUCAAUGGACUAGCUUGCUUCGGGGGACUACUCGGCAUCUUCCAAGUCGGGACACAGUGGCUCUGCUUUGUUACCAUCCUGCUUCUAUUCGUCAUUUACUUCCCCCGAGCCACCUCUCCAACCUCGCCUACAGAAUCAGAAUCUUCGGCGAGGAAUGGCCCAACAUAUAGAACAGCCUUGAUUGUCAGCGGUAUUUGUAUCCUCCACGCCGUGGUAAUGUUCAUCACCUCCGUUGCAGUCGCAGUCAACCGACCAUCUCAGCUUCAGGCAUGGUCCAACUUCUCAGGGGUGGUCGCUGCCAUCCUCGCUUCGAUCCAGUACUUCCCUCAGAUCUACACUACUUUGAAGUUGCGGUGUGUGGGUAGUCUGAGCAUUCCCAUGAUGUGUAUCCAAACUCCGGGAAGUCUUGUGUGGGCUGGCAGUCUAGCUGCACGACUGGGACCAAAGGGGUGGAGCACAUGGGGCGUGUUGAUUGUGACGGCGUGUUUACAAGGCACGCUCUUGGUACUGGCUAUCUUUUUUGAAUAUUUUGGGCCCAACAAGCAGCGCAACCAUCGCCAUGGCAAAGAUCUUCCCCCGAACGGUACUGGAGAAGGCUCAGAGGAAAGAGACCAUGAGCAGCCAUCUGAGGAAACGCCACUUCUCCGAGGUCAGUGA